AUGGACCGACGUAAUGCCCAUGAACGCCCACCUUCGCGUCGAACACCGCUUGGUGACGCGACAUCCAGAGCAAACACCUCAACCCCAGUCCGAAGUCACGUGAAAGGACAGUCUCUCUCACCGUCACCGGGCCUCCCACCCCGUAAUGAGUCGAUCGUGCCUGCGGCCAAUGGCACACUCACAGUCCGCAAUCCCACAGUGUCGCCGGUCAACAAGCGUCUAUCCAACAUCAUCGACAAUGAGCAGCGGGACACCAAACGAGACUCGGCCAUCUCUAAUGCAUCAACCAACGCGUCGGACACCGGCAGGCGGCGUAAGAGAAAUAUAGGCCCAUGGCAGCUGGGGAUGACUGUCGGGGCGGGGGGAUGUUCCAGAGUCCGACUCGUAAGACACACGGUUACGGGCCAAUGGGCAGCUGCGAAGAUUAUAUCCAAGGCAAUGGCAGAGACUGUCCGGGCUCAGAGCCUCGCCGACUUGGUAAAGAGUGCGGAGCAUGACCCAGGUUUAAUCGCCAAGGGCAGGGUUAUACCAUUCGGACUCGAGAGGGAGAUAGUAAUCAUGAAGCUGCUCGAGCACAAGAAUAUCGUCCGCCUGUACGAUGUGUGGGAGAACCGAAACGAACUCUACUUGAUUAUGGAGUAUGUGGAGGGCGGCGAACUGUUUGGGUACAUCGCAGAGAACGGAAGUCUCAACGAGAUGGAGGUCGUCUACCUCUUCCGCCAGAUCAUUGCAGCGCUGCUCUACUGCCACAGAAUCCACAUCCAUCAUCGUGACCUGAAGCCCGAGAACAUUCUCUUGGACCGCAGAACGAUGGAAAUCAAGCUCGUCGAUUUCGGCAUGGCGGCUCUUCAGCCCGAAGGCCGGUACCUCAGCACUCCUUGUGGUAGUCCCCAUUACGCGGCGCCAGAAGUCCUCAGGGCCGGCGCAUACGAUGGCGGUCAAGCGGAUGUCUGGAGCUGCGGUGUCAUUCUCUACGUAAUGCUGACCGGAACUCCUCCCUUCAAUUUUCCUGGCGACGCACAACACCUUCGCAGACUGUUCGCAGCAAUUGCAGUAGCGGACUACGCAAUGCCGGACGAUAUUAGCAGAGAGGCGCAGGACAUGAUUUACAACAUCUUGAUGCCGGAUCCGAAGCGGCGCAUCAGCAUCGAGGCCAUAUGGGACCACCCUUUCUUGAACAAGUACAAUGCAGAGUUCGGUUACAAUGCAGAGCAGUCAAGAAAAGAGCACUGGAUUGGGCCAAGGCCGCGCAUCCAGGACUGGAGGAUACUGAAGAAGGAGGAGAUCGAUCGAGAAGUUCUAAGAAACAUGCGCACCUUAUGGCAUAGCGAGAAAGAGGAGGCGCUGAUCCAGAAACUGACAAGCAAUGAAGCGAAUCAUGAGAAAUACUUCUACACUGCGCUCAUGAAGCAUCGGGACGAACACUUGGAGAACUUUGCGGGAAAUCCGGGCGGCGUAGGCUAUUCGGCAAGCGACCAUCAUCAUGCGAAGCCAAUGCCUGGCGAGGAGGACCCGCCUCCGCUACCCACGGGCACACACCAGCGAUCAAAAUCUGCCUUCUCCAUCUUGAACGACGAACACUUGCAGUCACGACACAACUUACAUGAGCUGUUCCCAUCCGGCGCGAGCUAUGACCCUUUCAGAGCUUCUAGGGAGCCUAGUUUGGCGCCCAAGAAGGGCUACAUGAAUGUUACUGUCCACCGGGGAUCUUUAAGUGGUGCUAGGAAGCGCAAAUCUGCCACGAUAAAACCGGGUUCGCUAAGAGUCGAGGCCUUGAGAGCGAACAGCCAGCGGAACUCUACUCUCUCCGGUACUCCUGGAUCGACGAGGCGAUCGACAAAGCAUUACUCGGGAAUAACGCGCAGCUCAAUGUCCCGCAGCUCGUUGGCAAGCUCUAUGUAUCCGAGCAGCCCGCCCAUAAUCAUCAGCGGUCCGCACAAGCGCGGUGUGAGCUUCUCUCAUCUACGUCGUAGCUCGACCGCCAGCGCUCUCACGUCACGUCUGGACUUCGACGCCACGCAAGAUACGCCGGAACAACUGAAGCACCAACACAUUUCCAAGUGUGACCUGACCAUUGUGCGUCCAGGCGAAGCCUCAAGCCCAAUUACCCAGCCGAAAGGUAUCGUUCGCUCUCGAAAGCAGAAGGAAACUGCACAAGCGAUUACGCUAGGCAUCCGCCCACGAAAGCACCCGACAGAAAACCGUGUCCUAGAACAUGAGGCACGUAAGGCAAGCACAGAGCUCGAAAAAUUCUGUGAGGAAGCUUUCAACCGAUCGUCGGUUGACUCUAGUGCUCGAACAUCUGUCACUGACAGGCCUACACCAUACUCGGACUGCGAUACACCUCCUUCCUCAGUGGGUCCGUCGCCGUAUGCAGCCAACAAGCUUCUGCGACCCGCCGAUCAGAAUCGGCCUCUCCCACCAUUGCCUGUCGAUUCGCCCAACACUUACGCUCAGCGAGAGCUCGCGCAGACUCGAGAGCGACUUGCAAUCCGAUAUGCGGAAGAGGGUGGUGAGACUCUGGAGGGCAUGAUCUCACAGCUGGACAACCUUUUGCGUCCUGCCGGCAAGUUCUCGGUAGCUGACAAGCACCGCAUUACGUCUGCGUCUCACGCAGAGCACUUGCGCUAUCCGAGCCACCUACCUCCGAUCGAGGAAGACGGCAAGUUCUCGGACGCUGACGAGAGCCUGCUGCCGAAGGAGAAAAACAGGGGCCACAGGGCCGUCACUGAACCGUUCAGCAGGCGGCCGGCUCAACCUGCUAGCAAGUACGUUGAUCACAAUACUAUUCGCUUAGUGGACCCGUCAUCUCCUACGCCCAUAGCACCCCUCAACAUUCGGAAGCGCAGUGCAGAAAACACCAUCCCACAGGCCGGUCAAGACGGCAAUCGGCAGCCGCGCAGAAAUAUUGAUUUCUCUACCGCGUCCGCUGCAGCAGCCAACAAGGAGAACGCGAACCAGAACAAUUCAAACAAGGAAGGCCCCGCUAGCAAGAAGCGCAGCUGGUUCAGGCGGAAGACAAGCAACCCCGAGGAGAAGGACGAUCCAAAGUCAAGGAUCCCAGAACCAUGGCGCAUCUCACCCGACCGCACGAACAAGCAGCAGCCGCCCGUGCUGGUCCAACAGAGCAGCCAAUCCUCUAACCGAACGAGCACAGCCAGCAGCGAAUUUCCGAUCCAUCCUGCAGAGGCAGAGAAGACCGAGAAGAAGGGUUCGCUGUUCGGGAAGAUGUUUGGAAAAAAGGGCACGGAGAAGAACGACUACAUAUCCAACAAAUUGGAACUGGGAUCACCGACCAACUGCUCCACCUCCUCCCUGACCUCCGGCUUCGACCUCGCGGAAUCCGACGACCCGUCCACCGGCGCCCGCCGCAUCGAAGCCCAGAACUGGCUCUCGCGCUUCCUGCACAUCAAGCCGGCGAGCAGGGUCUUGUGUUUCCAGGUCGGACGCGGGCGCGCGCGCACGGAGCUGGUGCGGCUGCUGAGGGACUGGAAGAGGUUUGGAGUCAAGGACGUGACGUUUGAUCGGAAGACGAAUGUCGUGCACGCCAGUGUUGACAAGGCGAAUCACCUCAGAAUCAAACCCGUAACCUUCGUCGCCGAGCUCUACGUGGUCCUCGAGCACGGCCGCCGCGCCCAACUCUGCCUCGCGCGCCUCACGCAGACCAAAGGCGCGGCCAGCAGCUUCAAGAAGGUGGUCGAGAUCGUGGAGGACGUGUUCAAGGCGCGUGGGUUGCUCAUCGAGGAGGAGGAUCGGAAGAGGGCUGUUGCUGAGGUUCUGGGGGGUGGUACGUAG